AUGUCGUCCAUGCGAGGCCUGGUCCAGUUCAUCGCCGACUUGCGAAACGCACGGGCUCGAGAACUCGAAGAGAAGCGCAUCAAUAAAGAACUUGCCAACAUUCGCCAGAAAUUCCGCGACGGCAACUUGAAUGGCUAUCAGAGGAAAAAAUACGUCUGCAAAUUGCUGUACGUCUAUAUACAGGGUUACGAUGUUGAGUUCGGACACUUGGAGGCCGUCAAUUUGAUUUCGGCAAAGAAUUAUUCGGAAAAGCAAAUUGGGUACUUGGCCGUUACUUUGUUCUUGCAUGAGCAGCAUGAGCUGCUCCAUUUAGUGGUGAAUAGUAUCCGGAAGGAUUUGUUGGAUAUGAAUGAGUUGAACAAUUGCCUGGCGUUGCAUGCCAUUGCGACUGUUGGUGGGAGGGAGUUGGGUGAAGCUUUGAGCUCGGAAGUCCAUAGGCUUUUGAUUUCACCAACAUCUAAAUCUUUCGUCAAGAAGAAAGCCGCUUUGACCCUGCUCCGUCUCUACCGAAAACACCCCUCAAUCGUCCAGCCGGAAUGGGCUGAGCGUAUCAUCUCAAUCAUGGACGACCCGGAUAUGGGUGUGACGCUAUCGGUCACAUCUCUUGUGAUGGCUCUGGUGCAAGAGAACCCGGAACAAUACAAAGGAAGCUAUGUCAAAGCUGCUCAACGACUAAAGAAGAUCGCUGUAGACGGAGACGUGUCGGCUGAUUAUCUCUACUACCGGGUACCUAACCCGUGGCUUCAAGUAAAGCUGCUUCGACUGUUGCAAUAUUAUCCUCCAUCUGAUGACACUCAUGUCAGAGAAUUGAUUCGACAGUCAUUGGAACAAAUCAUGAACUCGGCCAUGGACACACCCAAGAACGUGCAGCAAAACAAUGCCCAGAAUGCCAUUCUAUUCGAGGCCAUCAACCUGCUCAUUCACCUCGACACGGAGCAUGCCUUGAUGAUGCAGAUUUCUUCACGACUCGGAAAAUUCAUCCAAUCACGCGAAACCAAUGUUCGCUAUCUUGGCCUAGAAGCCAUGACUCAUUUUGCUGCUCGAGCAGAGACCCUGGACCCUAUUAAAAGCCACCAACCAUAUAUUCUGGGUUCAUUGAGAGAUCGCGAUAUUAGCGUUCGACGAAAAGGAUUGGACCUUCUUUAUAGCAUGUGCGAUGUAACAAACGCACGAACCAUUGUGGCCGAACUUCUAUCGUACCUACAGUCAGCCGACUACGCUAUUCGGGAAGAGAUGGUACUCAAAGUUGCCAUUUUGGCUGAGAAGUAUGCCACUGACGCUCAAUGGUAUAUUGAUACCUCUGUCAAACUGCUUGCUAUGGCCGGUGACCAUGUCAGUGACGAGGUGUGGCAGCGAGUUAUCCAGAUUGUCACCAACAACGAAGAACUGCAAGCUUAUGCUGCAGAUCAUCUACUAAAAUACCUGAAGGGAGACUGCCAUGACAGCUUGAUCAAGAUAGGCAGCUACGUGCUUGGAGAAUUUGGUCACUUGAUCGCCGAGAACAAGGGUUGCAGCCCGAUCGAGCAAUUCCUGGCACUGCAGCCAAAGAUGUUUACUUGCUCUGAUAACACUCGUGCUAUGAUUCUUUCGUCAUUCAUAAAAUUCGUCAACUUGUUCCCCGAAAUCAAACCCCAGUUGCUGCAGAUGUUCAGGCUAUACAGCCACUCGCCAGAUCCUGAAUUACAACAAAGAGCAUACGAGUAUUUGAGGCUGGCCACUAUGCCUUCUGAUGAUCUGUUACGAACCGUGUGUGAUGAAAUGCCACCAUUCUCCGAAAGAGCUAGUGUGCUGCUGUCGCGUUUGCACCAAAAGACCGCUGGAACGAGCGACAAAAGAACGUGGGUUGUCGGAGGCAAGGAUGCUAAUACGGACAAACAGGAAGUUCUUAUGGCGCAGACAACAGGCUUGAAGCGCACAUUCACGACAAUUGUCAAUGGCGGUCGCAACGGUACCGCCAAUGGAAGUGCCAACAAUGGCGGUGCAUCCAGAGAUCUUGCUGGCCUAGACAUGUCAUCGAAGCCAUCUGCUCCCCCGCCCAACCUAGCAAGUGCUGCUCACUUGAGUCCCGACUGGGAAUACGGCUUCAACCGGCUGUAUUUUGCCGAUGAAGGUGUUUUGUUUGAAGAUGCUCAGAUCCAGGUUGGCUUGCGCUCGGAGUACCGGGCACAUCUCGGUGUGGUCAAGAUGUAUUUCACAAACAAAGCCUCCUUCCCGAUUGGAUCUUUCACCACGACAUUGGACAAUCCCGCCUCGCCGCAUCUGAAGAUUGAUACAAAGAAUUUGCCUGAUUCAACCAUUCAACCAGCUGGACAGACACAGCAGACGAUAUUCGUCGAGGCCCACGGACCAUUCUCGGAUGCGCCAACGAUCCGUAUAUCUUAUCUUGCAGGUGCUUUGCAAGCUUAUACACUCCAACUUCCGAUAUUGAUGCACAGAUAUAUGGAUCCAUCCGACCUAUCAGCAGAAGACUUUUUCAAGAGAUGGCGACAAAUCGGGGGUGCACCGCUCGAAGCCCAAAAGACAUUCAAUGUAACCGGAAAGGGACGCAUGAUACACGAAAAGUUUACCAAGUCUGUUGUGACUGGCUUUGGAUGGAAAAUUCUCAACGGCGUGGACCCGAACGCUAGUAACAUUGUGGGCUGUGCCGUAUAUCAGGUCGAGAAUGGUAAAACGGGUUGUUUGUUACGACUUGAGCCGAACUAUGAGAAAAAUAUGUAUCGUAUCACGAUUCGGGCAACACAGGAGAACGUACCCCAAAUACUUGCGCGACAGAUGGAGCAACGACUAUCGAUCGGAGUCAGCGUUGAUGCUGAUUUGCAGUGA